AUGACAGGCCAGCGAGAUAUCCAGACAUUCCCAGAACCAGAAAUCUGUAUGGAAAAUAUUCACAAAGUUGAGGCAGACAUGUCCAGUCCAGUCCGCGAGCCUGACGUCCCCAAAUAUCCUUCCUCACUGAGACUUUGGCUUGCUGUGAUUGCUCUUUGCCUCGGAAUAUUUCUCGCAACUUUGGACAGUACGAUCAUCGCGACCGCCACGCCCUACAUCACCGACGAGUUCCAUUCGCUCGACGAGGCCGGAUGGUACAGCAGUAUCUAUACAAUGGCUAUCUGCAUGUCCCAGCUUGUUUACGGCAAGCUAAGCGCAUCAUGCCCGAUUCAAUGGAUCUACAGUGCCGCCAUGCUUCUCUUCCUGAUUGGGUCUGCCGUCUGUGGCUCAGCGCCCAACUCGCCAGCCCUCAUCGCCGGUCGCGCCAUCGCAGGCCUGGGAUGCUCUGGUCUCCUCAUCGGUGCCUUCUCUCUCGUCCCAUUCCUCGCCGCUCCAGAGAAACGCCCGAUACUGCUCGGACUGAUCUCGGGAUCGCGUGGGCUGGCCACGACGUUUGGCCCAUUGAUCGGCGGUGCUCUGACCGAACGGGCUUCGUGGCGCUGGAACUUCUAUAUCAAUCUACCUCUGGGUGCCGUCAUUCAGAUAGUAUUCUGGCUGUCAGGCCAGUUCGUUCGGAGCAUUGAUCUGAUCGGCUUCAUCGCCUUGGCGCCAUCUGUCGUCUGUCUUCUCCUAGCCCUGCAAUGGGGAGGGGUCCAGUAUGGUUGGGGAAAUGCCCGAAUCGUUGUUCUUCUUAUUCUAUCUGCAACUCUUGGAAUUAUAUUCAUUCUCAUCGAGGUCCAACAAGGCAGCAAGGCCAUGCUCCCGGCCCGCAUCUUCAGCCAGCGAACCGUAGCCUCAGCUUCAUUCUUCGCCUUCUGCACCAGUGGCUCGAUCUUCAUCCUCACAUACUAUCUUCCCAUAUGGUUUCAAGGAGUCAAGGGCGUCUCGCCCAUGCAGUCCGGCAUCGACAUGCUCCCGUGGGUGAUAACAAGCACAAUAACCUCUCUCGCAGCCGGCGUCCUGAUUUCCAAGAUCGGACAUGCGCAGUAUUUCCUCGUCAUCUCCACCGUCUUCGGCGCUCUGGGCUCGGGCCUCUUCACCACAUUCAGCCUACACACCACCGACGGCCAAUGGAUCGGAUACCAGAUUCUCUACGCUAUCAGCUCGAGUCUCGCCAGUAUUACCCCUCUGCUGGUGGUGCAGAACGCGCUUGCGCUGGGGGAUGUACCGAUUGGAUCUAGUAUGGUCAUGUUUACGCAGACGCUUGGCGCAUCCAUUUUCGUCUCGACCGCACAGGCGUUGUUUACGAAUAACCUUUCUGAGAAUUUGCGAGGGCUUGAUGUUGCGGGGCUCAGCGCGAAUGUGGUGGCUUCGGGGGGGAUCACCACUAUUACUCGGGACUUGUCGGGGGAGACGAAGACCAUGGUGCUCGGAGCGAUUAGUGAUGCGUUGACGCAGUCGUGGUAUCUUGCUGUUGGGUUGAGCUGUCUGUCUAUCGUUGGUGCUCUUGUAGUGGAACAGGGCAGAAUGAAGAGGGAAAACUAGGUGGUUUGUGGUCGUGCUGGUCUGUUAUGUGGAAGCGGACAAGGCCAGAGUCCUUGUUAUGCCCAACGGGAGUAGGGUUCGGAUGGCCAUGAUUCCUGGAUUUUCUAUGAGCGGUUCUCCGGACUGUUAAAAAGGUCCGUGUCACUACUAAGCGACCCCCGAUGUGAAAAUGAGAAAAGGGUAAACAAGGAGGAGAGAGCCCUGGGGUGUAGGUCUGUUUUGAUGAAUACUAUGAGCAGCCGUAGGUAGUAAUCAGAGAGAAGGG